AUGAGUGCCCAUCGUCAAACAGCUUUAUCAUUCGCCUCGGCAGUAUCUAACAAACGAUUUAAAGAAGUCGCUUCGUAUCUAUCCGAGGAGUUUAUAUGGAGACCCCAUCCCGAGAGAUUAGGUGGAUUAGGUAGACCACAUGGACAUAGUAAAUCGCAGUUUCUGGAAUUGAUGAGAGGUUUAAACAAUAUCAAAAAAUGGAAUUUCAAUAGUGAAAAUCCAAUGGAAAUCAUAGAAAACGAUAAAUCGAUAGUAGUUCAUCUUCACGGUAAUCCAGAACAUGUCAGUGGUAAGAUCUUCUCGGCCGAAUAUGUUUAUAUGAUGGAUUUCGAUGAACAAGGCAACCUCAAAGUUUUAGAUGAAUUCUUCGAUACUGUUUAUAUGGAGGAACUCGCUAGAUUAGGUUGA